AUCAGGUGGGGGCGGAACACGCGGCAGUGGACGAACGGAGAAGAGGCGCCGCUAUAAAACUAUAUUAGUGAGAUGCUCGCUGGUCCUCAGUGCUCAUGGACAUUAAUCAGCCUGUCUUCUAGAGCAGUUUGAUGAACAGUAAAUGGCGAUAUUCUAACUCUUUUCACACAUUGAAUUGUACUGUGUGGUGUAAACAUGACGCUGUUCGAGCUGAGCAGUCAGAUGAUCGAGCACACAGUGCAGAAGAUGAGUUUGACGUCAGUAGUUCUCAUCACAUCUGUGUUCACUCUCACUGUGGGAUAUGUGAGUAAACUGAUGUUCAAACAGCACACAACAGACUCGGAGAAAAAAUAUCCUCCCCAAAUCCCGUCCAGCAUUCCGUUCCUGGGUCACGCUGUGGCUUUCGGCAAGAGUCCCAUAGAGUUUCUGGAGUGGGCGUACGAGAAGUACGGUCCUGUGGUCAGCUUCACGAUGGUCGGGAAAACCUUCACGUAUCUCCUGGGAAGUGAUGCAGCUGCGCUCAUGUUCAACAGCAAGAAUGAAGAUCUGAAUGCAGAGGACGUUUACGCACGACUCACCACACCUGUGUUUGGCAAGGGUGUUGCAUACGACGUGCCCAAUCCUUUAUUUCUGGAGCAGAAGAAAAUGUUGAAGACAGGACUGAAUAUUGCACAUUUCAAGCAGCAUGUUGAGAUAAUCGAAAAGGAAACCAAAGAUUACUUCAAGCGAUGGGGAGACAAUGGAGAGAGAAAUCUGUUUGAGGCUUUAUCUGAGCUGAUCAUCCUGACGGCGAGCCGCUGUCUGCACGGUCGUGAGAUCCGCGGCAUGUUGAACGAGCGAGUCGCGCAGCUCUACGCCGAUCUUGACGGAGGAUUUACUCACGAAGCGUGGCUGCUGCCCGGGUGGCUGCCGCUACCCAGCUUCAGACGGAGGGAUCGAGCACAUUUGGAAAUCAAGAAAAUAUUUUAUGCAGUGAUCAAGAAACGGAGAGAAGCCGUAGAGAAAGAUGACGACAUGCUGCAGACGCUCAUAGAUGCCACAUACAAAGAUGGACGUCCUCUUAACGAUGACGAAAUAGCAGGGAUGUUGAUUGGUCUGCUGUUGGCAGGACAGCACACCUCGUCCACCACCAGCGCAUGGAUGGGCUUCUUCCUCGCACGGGACAGAACGUUACAGGAACGUUGCUACAGUGAACAGAAAACCAUCUUUGGAGAAGAUCUUCCACCGAUCAACUAUGACCAGCUGAAAGACUUGAGUUUGUUAGAUCGUUGUCUAAAGGAGACGCUCAGACUGCGACCCCCCAUAAUGACCAUGAUGAGGAUGGCAAAGACCCCACAGAAAGUCGGUGAAUUCACCAUCCCACGACAUCAAGUGUGUGUGUCGCCAACAGUGAACCAAAGGCUUCAGGACACGUGGUCAGAGCGGCUGCAAUUUAACCCGGACCGCUACUUAAAUGACAACCCCGCGGCCGGAGAAAAGUUUGCUUAUAUUCCAUUCGGCGCGGGUCGUCAUCGUUGCAUCGGGGAAAAUUUCGCCUAUGUGCAGAUUAAAACGAUCUGGUCGACUCUGCUGAGGCUGUUUGACUUUGAGCUGGUGGACGGACACUUUCCUGCUGUGAACUACACAACCAUGAUACACACGCCGCACAAUCCCAUCAUCAAAUACACACGGAGAAACACACAACAACAGACCAGCACUAAACAAUAGUGAAGAAACUACUGUUGAGAGAACUCAAAAUUACAUUUAUGCUUUUGUUGUCCUUCUUAAUACAAACACUUUGUAAUCCAGUGCAAGUGAAAACAAAAAAAUAAACCUUUAAGCUCAAAUGGGCCCGGGAGAAAAAUAAUAAUUGUCCAAAUAUUAAUAACUACAGUCUUGACAUGUUUACAAGCUCUAAUUUCCAAUGCAUGAACAUUAUGACCAAAACUGAUCAAGUGCUUUAAAAUCUGCAGAUAAAUCAGAAGUUUUCCAUUUUGAUCAUUUAUAAAACAAAAUUGUACUGUUUAUAUUAUUACAAUCAGUAACAACAUCAAACUCAUCAAAUAUUCAUGUGUCAUAUGUUGUUGGAAAGCUCUUAAAUAGUAAAAUACAACCAGACUAUUUGUUUUACUCACAAUAAUAAGUAUGUCUUUGACAAUUAUGUUUCAUGUGAACAGGUGUUGCUUAUAGGUCACGCUUUCCCUUACAAAUUCACGGAAAAUAAACAGAAUAUAAAAUAUUGCAUAUCAUUAUUUAGAGGAGGUGAUUAUCUUUCAAUCGAGUCCACACACAAGAUAAUCAGAUGUAUAGAUCAUUAGAUAAUCCACAUGAAGCACAAUGUGCACACAGCAUCUUGAAAACACCUGGAUCAGAUGACUUCAGUAAUAAUGUAGCAUCAAGGAAUGCAAAACACAUUUUUGGGUUGGGAUUGGUGCAAAAAUCAUCCAUACUUGGGCAGAGAGUCAUGUGAUCAAUCACAGUAAUUACAUAUGGCCACCAGGGGAUGGGGCUAAGUACACGACACAGACUCAAUGAUGACUCAAAUGGCACAGAAUGAAACUCAUUCUGUGAAAUCUCAUGACUGAAAUCAUGCCAGGGCACCUGGGGUUAGGAGGUUUUACAUUUCUGUUUGGCUUGUACAUCUACCAUCAGUCCUCUUCUUACUAUAUCUUUGUAUUUCAACAGUGGCUUUGGGAUGUCAGAGUUAAUGUA